AUGCAGGACACAAGAGAUCUUGCUAUGUUUCUAAGGAAGCUGGUUUGCUUUGCUCUACUUCCAUUCUUUAUCAUGGUUUGUACAGGAGGUGAGUUAUCAGAAUCUGAGUUUUUCUUCAAUUUCCUUAGGGGUGUUGAUCCCAAAAAUGUACUUAACAUUAGCUGGAAUGGGUCAGCAUCGAAUCCGUGCUUGGUUAAGUUGAAUGGUGUAAGAUGUAACUCGAAUGCUACUAAUAUUGUAGAGAUAAGGCUUGAAAACUUGAACCUUACUGGCAUAAUUGAUGCAGAUUCCCUAUGCAGGCUCAAAAAGCUUAGAGUGGUGAGCUUAGCUAAGAAUAACAUUAGAGGAACUAUUCCACACUCAAUUUUGCAGUGUACAAGGUUGAUGCAUUUAAAUGUAACCAGCAAUCAAUUGAGUGGGAGGGUACCUAAGGCUUUAACAAAAUUAAAAUAUCUGAAAAGCUUAGACAUCUCUAACAAUAAAUUUUCUGGUGUGAUUCCAAGUAAAAAAGAAUAUAAGCGUCCUUUUACUUAUUAUGUGACUCCAAGAAAGUUAGAAAGCAACAAGGAAGGUUAUACAAAUACAAAUCAACCAGCACCAGCUCCUUUAAGUGGCAGCACACCUGGUAAUGCCAAGAAGCCAUGGUAUUUUCAUUGGGAAGCCUUGUUGGUGUUAAUUUUGGGCAUUGGUUUGGUUUUUCCAUCCAUUUACUUUGCUAUGAAGAUGUCAGCUAAGUUAAAUGCAGAGGGACGUGUUAUGAAAAGCCAUCGUGUGUCUCCAAUAAAAAAGGCUACAACUGAGAUUCAAGAGGUGAAGCAAAUAAAGGAAGGGGAUUCAGAACUUGUGUUCUUUGUUGAAGAUCAUGAAAGAUUCACACUAGAGGACCUGCUUCGUGCCACAGCUGACUUGCAAAGCGAAAGCUUUUCUAGCAGCCUUUACAAGGUGAAACUCGAUAAUAAUGUUCACUAUGCAGUCAAAAGAUUAAAGAAUUUGCAGGUAUCAUCUGAUGAAUUUGGAGAGACAUUAAAGCAGAUAAGUAACUUGAAACAUCCAAAUAUCCUUCCCCUUGUUGGUUACCGCUCUACAAGUGAAGAAAAACUCAUCAUUUACAAAUAUCAAAGCAAUGGAAGUUUGCUUAAUCUUUUAAACGAUUAUAUAGCAGGUAGAAAAGAUUUCUCAUGGAAACUACGUCUCUCUAUAGCAUGUGGGAUUGCAAGGGGUUUGGGUUUCAUAUAUAAGAAGGUGGAUGGACAGGAGGUCAUUCCUCAUGGAAAUCUUAAGCUAUCAAAUAUCCUUCUCAAUGACAACAAUGAACCACUAAUAAGUGAGCAUGGGUUAUCAAAAUUCAUGGACACAAAUAGAGGUUUCCUGUUUUCCUCUCAGGGAUAUACAGCUCCUGAAAAGAGUUUAACAGAAAAGGGUGAUGUCUAUAGCUUUGGAGUGAUUCUCUUGGAGUUACUGACAGGAAAAAGCAUAGAAGUAAGUAGAAUAGACCUUGCAAGAUGGGUGAGGUCCAUGGUAAGGGAAGAAUGGACAGGUGAGGUCUUUGACAAGGAGGUUAGGGAAAAUGAACAUCAAUGGGCAUUUCCUUUGCUGAAUAUAGCCCUCAUGUGUGUAUCACGUUUCCAAGAAAAUAGGCCAACCACGGUAGAGAUUUUGGAGAAGAUGGAGGAGGUAAUGGAUGAACAUGAACAACAACAGGGACUUUUCGCUUCAACACACUGUUCUAAUGGAUCCAACCGUGAAGAUUGUUGUUCACUUCACCAAAUCAUACCUGACACAUGGGAUUCUCCAGGAUCAAAUUAUUGA